AUGCACCGUGCCUCUUCAUCCGCCUCCUCCUCGCCUCCUCCUCGCCUCCUCCUCACCUCCUCCUCGCCUCCUCCUCGCCUCCUCCUCGCCUCCUCCUCACCUCCUCCUCGCCUCCUCCUCACCUCCUCCUCGCCUCCUCCUCACCUCCUCCUCACCUCCUCCUCGCCUCCUCCUCGCCUCCUCCUCGCCUCCUCCUCGCCUCCUCCUCCCUCCUCCUCGCCUCCUCCUCGCCUCCUCCUCGCCUCCUCCUCGCCUCCUCCUCACCUCCUCCUCGCCUCCUCCUCGCCUCCUCCUCGCCUCCUCCUCGCCUCCUCCUCACCUCCUCCUCGCCUCCUCCUCGCCUCCUCCUCACCUCCUCCUCGCCUCCUCCUCGCCUCCUCCUCGCCUCCUCCUCGCCUCCUCCUCGCCUCCUCCUCACCUCCUCCUCACCUCCUCCUCGCCUCCUCCUCACCUCCUCCUCGCCUCCUCCUCGCCUCCUCCUUGCCUCCUCCUCACCUCCUCCUUGCCUCCUCCUCACCUCCUCCUCGCCUCCUCCUCACCUCCUCCUCGCCUCCUCCUCACCUCCUCCUCGCCUCCUCCUCGCCUCCUCCUCGCCUCCUCCUCACCUCCUCCUUGCCUCCUCCUCACCUCCUCCUCACCUCCUCCUCGCCUCCUCCUCGCCUCCUCCUCGCCUCCUCCUCCUCCCUCCUCCUCGCCUCCUCCUCGCCUCCUCCUCGCCUCCUCCUCGCCUCCUCCUCACCUCCCUCCUCCUCCUCGCCUCCUCCUCGCCUCCUCCUCACCUCCUCCUCGCCUCCUCCUCACCUCCUCCUCACCUCCUCCUCGCCUCCUCCUCGCCUCCUCCUCGCCUCGUCCUCACCUCCUCCUCGCCUCCACAGCUGCAGCACGUGA